AAAACAACAGAUCCCAUGCACAUAGUGUGAUGAUGAUGUGAGGUGGGAGACACGACUACCAAGCUCAACCCUACCGAAGUAGCGAUAGCCGUAUACCAAUAUUGCAGCGAUAAUUAAAUCAGAGACAUCACUAUGGGGAACUGUUACACAGUAGGACCAAAUGAAGCGUUGGUGGUAUCAGGUGGCUGCUGUGGCUCCGACUCAAAGACGUACACGGUUGGGGGCUGGGCCUGGGCGUGGUGGCUGGUCACAGACAUACAGAGACUGUCUCUGGAGAUAAUCACCAUCCUCUGUCGCUGCGAGGAUAUCGAAACUUCGGAGGGUGUCCCCUUGGAUGUGACAGGGGUCGCUCAGGUCAAGGUCACAUCUGACCAUGAGUUGCAGGUGUAUGCUUGCGAGCAGUUUCUGGGCAAAUCAGUGGAUGAGAUCCGAAGUGUCAUCUUGCAGACACUGGAGGGUCACCUGCGAUCCAUUUUGGGCACACUGACAGUGGAGCAGAUCUAUCAGGACCGAGAUCAGUUUGCCAAACUGGUGCGCGAGGUGGCAGCCCCAGAUGUAGGCCGCAUGGGCAUUGAGAUCCUCAGCUUCACCAUAAAGGAUGUGUAUGAUAAAGUGGAGUACUUGAGCUCAUUGGGAAAGACCCAGACCGCUGCUGUGCAGAGAGAUGCCGACAUCGGAGUGGCGGAGGCAGAGAGAGACGCAGGGAUCAGGGAAGCUGAAUGUAAGAAAGAGAUGAUGGAUGUGAAGUUCCAAGCAGACACUCUAAUGGCGGAUUCUAAACGUGAACUGGAGAUGCAGAAAGCUUCUUUCAAUCAAGAAGUUAACACGAAGAAAGCUGAAGCUCAGUUGGCCUAUGAGCUGCAGGCUGCGAAGGAGCAGCAGAAGAUCCGAUUGGAGGAGAUCGAGAUCGAGGUGGUCCAGAGGAAGAAGCAGAUCACCAUUGAGGAAAAAGAAAUCAACAGGACGGAAAAGGAGCUCAUCGCCACAGUGAAGCGACCGGCCGAGGCUGAAGCCUACCGCAUGCAGCAGGUGGCCGAAGGACAGAAGGUUAAGAAAGUGCUGACUGCCCAGGCCGAGGCUGAGAAGAUUAGGUGCAUCGGUGAGGCAGAGGCCGCCUCCAUCGAGGCUGUGGGCAAGGCCGAGGCAGAGAAGAUGAGGCUUAAAGCAGAAGCUUACCAGCAGUACGGAGAGGCAGCUAAGACUGCCCUGGUCUUGGAGGCUCUGCCCAAGAUUGCUGCUAAAGUGGCAGCACCGCUGGCCAGGACCAGCGAGAUCGUAAUCUUGAGUGGCGAUGGGAACCGCGUGACUGGCGAGCUCAACCGCCUGCUGGCAGAGCUGCCCGUGUCUGUGAACGCACUUACCGGAGUGGACCUGACUAAGAUUCCACUCCUACAGAAGUUGACCAGUGCUCAGGCAUAGACAUGCUCACUAUAUGCACUCACCCCUGCCUUCUCCAGGAGACACGCAAAACUACAGUUCUCUCCUACCAGGAAAAAAAAUUGAAAUUACCUACACCUCAACAGCCUUAUAAUCAUCAUUCGCAUGAAUUUGUUUUUCAGUAUCUAAAUGUAUAGACCUAGACAGCAUUGCAUGGAAAACCACUCACAUUUAGCUGCACUUGCAAGCCUGUAGCAAGUUUACAUUUAGUGGAAUUUGGUUGUGCCUUGUUGUUCAUUGUCUUUACCCAAGUGGCUUGACAGCCAAACCGCUUCUUAUAAUCUGGAAGCGGAGUUUUAAUUCAUUCCUGUGUCUAUCUUCAUGUCCAGCUCACAUGUUGAUAGAAACAGAUGGAUUUGAGUGCAGGUGCAGAACAUCUCUUCUCUUGACAUGAUUGUGUUGUCCAAGCGAUAGUUUGAUGAGUAGUGCUUAUUUACUAACCUCAUUCUGAGUCUUGUAAUGAAGAUGCUGCCAAACAGCAGGGGUCAAUUAUUUGUUUUGUUUGUUUUUUUUAAAAAUGAUUUUUAUAUAGCUAGAAUUUAGUUUUAAAGAUCCUUUAUCUACCUGUCUCUGGUUCUUACAGCUUUUGUGUAUGUCUUUAUUCUGUACUGUUAGACCGUGAUACUGCAGAGAAAAUUAUGGUGACCUGUAUUAAAAAAUGUACGUAAAAUCUAUUUACAACACAUCACUUGCAUUCACACACACACAGAAGCGCACUAACACAUGUAUGUCAGUCUAUAAAUGUUGGUUAGGCCUUCUGUAGAGGUCAUAACACACAUUGUAAUGUGUUUGGUCUCUAUUGUUUAAUUUGUUACUGAUCUUUUUUUUUUUUUUUUUUUUUUACUUCAAACGUCCUGGUAAAAGUUAUAUUUGUAGUUUUGCAGUCUUUCACAAUAUAUCCCAUAUUUACCAUAAACAUAUGCAUUUAGCUAUUUCUGUUUUUGUUUAUCUGUGAGCUGCCUGCUUGUAGUUCUCAAGAAUCCAUCCUUUUGUUGAAAUGUGAUUUUGUACGUACAACAGGUAUUUUUUCUUCUUUGUUUUAUUUUAUUUUUUACACAUAUACACAUAUGGGAAUGACAAACCACUGAUGUUGCCUUGGUAAUUUGUGAAAACAUUGUGACCUCAGGUCUGAGAUGUUCAUUAAAAACAAAAAUCAUUUUACUUUUACAAAAAUGUUUUGCCAUUUCGUAAUUAUGUUGAUCAUCAGUAAUGUCUUCUCUCUGUAGGACAUGUUGCCAAAAAAUAAAAGAAAAACUAUCUUACUGUUCUUUCUCACUGUAGACAGAAUGCAUGACCAUCAGGCGGCACCCUGGGGGCAGGUCUAAGUAUAUGGUUUAUUGACAAACCUAGGAGUCCUGUGAUUUACCACUUUCUCUGUGCUAAAUUUUCCCAGUUAGUCACUGAAUCAUGCACUUGGAAUACCUUUCAGGUAAUGUCUCAUCAAUGUCUGCAAGUGCUACAGCUGUCUGGAAUUAUCGUAAUGUUAGUGGAUUUGAGUACCACGUUAUCGCUAAUGACUAGAUCCACUCACAAGUGCCCUCCAGCAGGCAUUCCUCCAGAAAACAAUGAUCUUUGGUAAAUCGAGCUUUCUUUGUAUCCUACCUACUGGUGUCUACCUCCGAGACAAAUUGUUAGCUGUGGAGUAAGUGAUUGCUUUGAGACAUCCUUAGUGCCUUUAUAGUUCCAGUAGCAAACUCAAGAGUGCUAACAGAGUAAGCUCUAGUGUACUCCAGAUCACCUUGUGCACAAGGCGUGUUGGUAUGCACUGCACUGGCCCUGUUGCUUUAAAGGCUGAAAAAUCUUUUUUUUUUUUUUUUUUUUUUUUUUUAACUAACCAUGGACUAACCAUGACUUAUGAAGAUAUAAGGUUGUAGUAAACAAUUUCUCUAUAUGCCUUUAACUUUAUCUAUAACUUUGUUAAGUUCUCUAAGGAUUAAUAUUCACCUAUUUCUUCUUGUACUUUAUGAUUCAGAAGGUGUAUUUGUUCGAGAUGUGUCCUGUAAUGACUUGUAAACGCAGUUGCACUGAUUUGUAUCAUGGAAUCAGAUGUAAUCAUUAUGCUUUUACAUAUUGAAAUCACUGGAGCAUUUAUGUGAUCAUAACUUGUAUUCAAAGUUGUUUAUUUAUACUGAUAAAAAUCACAUGAGAUGGUCA